AUGGGUAACAACCAUUCGGCGUCGGCCAACAAGGCGGGCGGGCCCGGGUCGCCUCCGCAGCAGCAGCAGCAGCAGCAGUCAGACACGGUCGACUCUCCUCGCCAGCCUCAGCAUCGCAGGGACGGCUCCCGCAACGUCAUCCCCGUCCACGCUGCCCGCGCCGCCGCCGCCCCGGAAUCCUCCUCGGCGACUCCCUCCUCUGCCGCCACCGCCCCGCCGAGCCUCCCGAAGAGCGACGGCCGCCGCUGCCGCCGGCAGUGCCGCCGCCGCCGCAAACGCUGCCUCCUCUGCAACGACGACACGCCGCUCGGCGAGCCCUAUCUCGAGUCCCAGUACUUUUCCAACAGUAGCCUGACGGACAUGUACAUGAUGCGCCCGCCUCGCCUGCCGCUUCCCAUCGAGGAGGAGGUGCACACGCCUGGGUCGCCCAUCCUCGGGCCCGACGAGAGCUUCGCAGAUCUCGACCUCGGCGAGACGUCGGAGGCUUUGACGAGGAAGAGCUCCGCGCUGAGCGCCGGCACGGCCGAGGACGACGAGGGCGAAGAACUGCGCGUAGACAAGACCAGGCCCGUCGUGGCCACCAGGAUUGAGUGGAGGGGUGGUGGUGAAAAGAUCUGGGUGACGGGAACGAUUUUCCACUGGAAUCGCAAGCUACGGCUGCGUCCCGUCGAGGGCCAGCCUGGUCUUUCUGCUGCCACUGUCCACGUUCUGCCCGGGACCCAUCACAUCCGCUUCUUGGUCGAUGGUAUCAUGCAGACCUCGCCCGAUCUUCCCACCACGGUCGACUUUGGCAACAACCUGGUCAACUACAUCGAAGUCAGCCCCGAUGGCGCCUCAGCAGCGGCCAAGGAAGGCGAAGCGGCCAAGGCGGCCGAGGCCGGAAAGGACAACAAGGAUGGGUCUCGCGCCGAUGCCCAGUCCAAGGAGGAGCCCAAGGUGGCCCGGGGCAAGCCCGUCUUGCCGCAGGAGGCCUACACCAGCGAGAUCCCGCAGUACCUGCUCGACUUUGACCAGCCCGAGGAGUCGCCGGCCUACCGCAGCGCCGUGGCCGCCAUUGAAAAGCUGACGACGCCGCCGAGUCUGCCCGGAUUCCUGGGCAAACCGAUCCUCAAUGCUGCCACCCUCUUGAAGGAUGACAACAGCGUCCUGAACAUGCCCAACCAUACUGUCCUGAAUCACCUUGCCACCAGCAGCAUCAAGAACAAUGUCUUGGCCGUGUCAGCAACGACUAGAUAUCACAACAAGUAUGUCACUACAAUCAUCUACAAGCCUACCUCCACAGACGAGGGUUAG